AUGGCAACCCCGCUAGGCCCUGGGCCUUUCCCUGCAGGCCUGGCGCGGCUCUUGGGCGCUGUCUUCCCUCCCCGGCUCCCCCGCCCGGCUCGACCCGAAUUCCUCCGGGGCUCAAUUCACAUAAGCUCCUUAUUCCCCAUUUGCCCUCUCCUGUCCUUCCCCUCCUCCUCCUCCGCCGCCGCCUCGGGCUCCUAUGGCAACCGGCCUGCGCGUCCCGCUUGCUCGGGUCUGGCUCAGGCGCGGCUGGCAUUGGCGGCGAAGGCGGCGGCGGCGGCAGCAGGCCGAGGCAUGAGGGAGUCGGCCGGGGAGCCGGCGGAGCCGAGGGCCGGGGCCUCGGGGAGCCGGAUCUAUGCGGAGUACAAGGAAGGGGGGCAGCCCUGGAAGAAAUUUGUAUAUGUGGAACCUCCUCGGAGAGUUAAGGAAGUACUUGAAGAAGAGCUUUAUUUCCGGAGAGAUGAGUGCAGAAUCAAGCACCCUUCAGAAGUGGCUCUGGAAGGAAUUUGGAGCUUGAAAAGGAAUUUCCCCGUGGGAGGCUUCAAACCAGUGUCACAGACUCCAAGCAACAUGCUUCCCCGGCCUAAGUACUACUCCAGGCAUGCAGUAGUAACAAGACAGCCCAUCUGAAAAGCAGCAUCUCCCCUAAUGGAAGUCGCAAGAACAAAUCAAAAUUACCGUUGUUAUUUUUGUCUAAAUGAAAAGCACUGUAUUUUAGAACUUGUAUAAUAGCUUGUAAAAUAAACUGUG